AUGCCAGGAGAGAUAGUCAAUGUUGCCUUUCUAUCGCAGAUGGAGGAUAUGGACAUUUACUUGAAGGAUUAUCGUAGCAGGAAAUCGACUUCAAAAACCUCAUAUGGAUCUACUUACGUUCAAUCAUCAGGUAAUCAAGGUAGAUUUAAUAACGAUGGAAUCAUUCGCCAUAACGGGUACAGAAAUAAUCAUUCUUAUAAAUAUGAUUCACAUAAUGAACAUGGCAUGUCAGGCAGUCAAUAUGACAAUAUGAUGCAUAAUAAUAGUAAUAGUAAUAGUGAUAAUAGCGAUAAUAAUAAUAACAAUAAGAGUAAUAAUAGUAAUAAUAGUAAUAAAAAUAAGGGUAAUUUGGGUUCAGGUGAAAUUUAUAAUAAUUGGGUAGGGAAUGACGGAUACAACAUCAAAAAGGGGAACUAUGGUGAACAAGGGUAUGCUAAUUAUAGUAAUUUGAAUUUUAAAGUCACUUCAGACUCUAAUAAUAGUAAUAAUGACAAUACUAGCAGGAACAAAGAUAUCAGUAAAAAUGAUAAUGAUAGUCUUAAAAAUGGAGGUAAAAAUGCCAGUAAUAAUCCAUAUAUACAAAAUACCAAUUUGGCAACUCAUUUCAAGAAAACUUAUUCACCAAUGUAUUAUAAUAACACAAGGAAUGAUAGUACAGGUUCCUUGACAAAGAUGAAUCCUAUGUUUUUUGGAAGUUCGGAAAACUCAGAUUUUCAAUCAACAUCUAAAUUGGUUGGAAAUACAACUACAUUGAUGAACAGCUCCAUAAACAAUUCUUUAGCUGGAGGAUCUUCAUUUUCUUCUAAUAACUUUGAUUAUAUGUUUCAGAAUCAUUCAGAUUUGAAAAAUAAUUUAUCUUCAGCCAAUGUUGCUGCUCCUACGCCAUAUUCAAAUUAUUUAGGUAACUCAAUUCUGCCAAAUUCAAGUGUCUCUGCCUCCAUGGGAAAUAAUCCAUUAGCAUUGUCUACCAAUCUCGAUUUAAUGAGCGGAUUAUCAACGCCGAAUAUGAUAAAUGAAUUUCAAAAAACAUUAUCAUUCACUUCAAUUUCUCCUUUAAAAGUUUCUCAAAAUGAUGCUUUACCUACUCAGCAUGGUACGGAAAACAAAGAAACAUCUAAUACUGGAGAAAAGGGAAAAACUAACCCAGAGGUUGAACCACCUUCAAGCAUUUCCAACUCAAAUAUGAUGCUAAUGGAUGACUCUUCUUUUCUUUGGGGCUCUUCAAAUGCGGAUUUAAGUUCUUCCACGUCUGUUAACGGAACUUUCGGCAUUUGGAACAACGACAUGAGUGUUUGGAGUUGA